UGUGCAUCCUUCUCUAAGUUUACCCAACAAGCAGGUGGAAGGGGGCACGUUUGGGGCAGAGAAGGCUGAGAGAUCCAUUCUUGCAGCCUCCUCUCUUUGGCCUCGAGCUGCCCUCUCCGCUCGCCCCCCAUUAUUUGUCCCGACGGCCGAGCGCGCGGCCCCAAUGAGCCCUUUGGAACGGAACGAAAAGAAGGAGCGAAUUGCAGCUGUGACGUGGCGUUGUUGUUCCAUUCAACGCGUUCGCCAUGGCAACGGGGCAGAGGCCUUGGAAGCACGCGGCCCCUCUCUCUGGACAGCAUCCUGAGGGCAGAGAGGCAGCUGGAAGUUUCUCCUCCUCAUGAUCACUGCUUACUGUUUCAUGGCGCAAAAGAUACCUAAUAUUCUACUUCAAAUGCAUGAAAAUUUGGUUUGGCAGUUUUGAGUAUUUGGACAAAGAAAGUUAUAGCCUAUUAUUGAUCGCAUAAAUGUGUUCGCUAGCCUACAUCAAUUAAUGUUCAAAUCUGUAUACCUUAUGAAACUUUUACGAACUGGUUUGACGCACGAUACCAAUAAACGUAACCCACUGACCCAGAUCAAUGUUAACUAAUAAGGAACUUUCAAAAUAAAUAGGCCUAGGCUACUUUUUUUCUUUUUCUUAAGCUAAGUCUUUUCUGUGUUUACACUCGCCGGCUCCAUCUCCCUCCACUUUGUACUCAUGCAUGCUGCAGGACUGCUAGUAUUGUUGGGCAGAGUGAUUGGGGGUUCUGUACAAUCUCCCGUGACCAAUGAGCGGGGUGCUGUCAGGGGUAACCACAUCUGUCAACCGUUCUUGGCCAAUAAAGAACGGAGCGAGGCGGACCACAGGUGCGCGCCUCUGCGUCCCCUUGGCACAGCGCCCGGGAGAUGCUGGAGAGAGACGCCUAGCUGCCCCGUGGCGCAAAAGAGUUACUGUCAAAGGCAGCCUCCUUUUAACUCCAGCUAUCACUCUGGCUCCGAUAGUUAUGGCGACCGCAACAUCCAACCACUACAGCGUCCUCACCACCCCCAGCAGCGCGCCGCCGCCGCACUCGGAGUCCGGGAGCAUGCAGCAGGCGGCAGCGUACAGGGACGCGCACACCCUGCUCCAGAACGACUAUAGCACGUUACCGGGCGGUGGACAUCCGCUCAGCCACGCGCACCAGUGGAUAACGGCGCUGUCUCACGGUGACAGCGGGGCGCCCUGGCCAUCUAGUCCCCUCGGAGAACAGGACGUGAAGCCCGUACUGCACGACAGUGACCGAGAGGAGCUGCAGAAUUCCAGCAGUCUGCAGCAACAGCAGCAGCAACAGCGACACCCUCACCUAGCGCACCAGCAGGCGCAUCACGACGCCAGAGCAUGGCGAACCAGCACAGCCACCACGCACAUCCCCGGUAUGGCGACAUCUGAGGGCCAGAACCUGGUGUAUUCCCAGUCCGGCUUCGGUCUGAUGCCAGGGGGAGAGCAAGGGGGGAUGCACCACCACCCCCUGCGGGACGAGGACCACCACAGCCACAGCCCGCACCUCAGUGAACACGGAGGCGGCCCUGGGGCCCACCAGCAGUCUCUCUCACACCAUCACCAGCACGGCCAGGACCACUCUGACGAGGACACGCCGACCUCCGACGAGUUGGAGCAGUUCGCCAAGCAGUUCAAACAGCGACGCAUCAAGCUGGGCUUCACCCAGGCGGACGUUGGACUGGCUCUCGGGACGCUGUAUGGAAACGUCUUUUCUCAGACCACCAUUUGCAGGUUCGAGGCGCUUCAGCUCAGCUUCAAAAACAUGUGUAAACUCAAGCCCUUGUUGAACAAGUGGCUGGAGGAGGCGGACUCCACCUCGGGCAGCCCCACUAGUCUGGAUAAAAUCGCGGCACAGGGAAGGAAAAGGAAAAAGAGGACCUCCAUCGAGGUGGGCGUCAAAGGAGCUCUGGAGAGCCAUUUUCUCAAAUGUCCAAAACCAGGAGCAGCGGAGAUCAACUCUUUAGCGGACAGUCUGCAGCUGGAGAAGGAGGUGGUGAGGGUUUGGUUUUGUAACAGGCGGCAGAAGGAGAAGAGGAUGACACCCGCUGGGGGACAGAUACCAGGAGGAGAGGACAUGUACGGGGACACCCCUCCUCAUCACGGAGGACAAACUCCUGUGCAGUGACCCCAGUCCAUUAUUCUGAGCAAGACACGGACCCCUUAAGGAGGAAUAAUGCCUCCUUAUUUGUUUGAUUCUCUGUGCUGGACCGCUCGGAACUGGACCUCAGCCAGUUUAAACGUUGGACCCACGGACACACACAGUGGGGAUAUACAGCGGCAUUCAAGCACUAUAAAUACGCAUAGCAGAGAGCUGUAUGGAGAGGUUUCAUGCCGCGGAACUGCCAAGCAUACGGCUGGUGUGUGCUAACCAAAAAAAAAGAAAACAGCGACAUUGAUACGAAAAUGCUUUUCUUUACCUUCUACCGAGGCGCUAAUGUGUCGUUAUGUAAUGUGUCAUUAAAGAAAGACAGAGUCGGAUGUGGGCACAAGGUGUCCGCGGGAGGGGGGGGGAUAAAAACAAGCUUCGGGCUCGAUGAUAAGUCGCAGUCAGUGUGGGUAAAUAAACGCCAUCUUUCCGUCAUAACAAAAGCAACAGGGGUUCUUCGCAGCUUGUGGCAAGAGAGGGCUGAAAUGGCAGACACCUGCUGUACAAUGUUCAACAUUCAAGCCAAUACCAGCCAACUGCUUUUAUUAUUAUUAUUAUUAUUAUUAUUAUUAUUAUUAUUAUUAUUAUUAUUAUUAUUAUUAUACAAUUCUGAUGAUAGCCUACAUUUAAAUUGAAUGUGAUGCAUUGAUUGUAGUGUCAGCUGCAUCCAUAAUUUAUUUUAAUUUGAAAUUUCUUGACUUGGUUUAUGUUUUUGUUUUUUUACAUUCAGGCAACAACAACAACAACAACAAUAAUAAUAAUAAUAAUAAUAAUAAUAAUAAUAAUAAUAAUAAUGCUACCACAUACUGAGUAUUGGUUCACUUUAAUGCUUUUCUUUCUGUGCAGACAUUCUGUGCGCCUGUUUACAGUGUGUUUUUGCUGUUUGUUAUUUCUGUAUUUUUCCAAAAUGCUGUGAUGAGAAAGACCGAGACUGUCCGGCUGGAACACUCAAAGCAACCCAGCCCAUUUUGCCUUCCUUUUACUAAAAAGAUUUAAAAAACAAAAACUAAAAAAA